AUGGAGAAGUUUUCAAAUUGGAGAGAUAAAGCAACUGGUAUAUCACCAUUUAUGCCAAUUCCAUUCCCCAGUUCAUAUCAAAACAAGGGAAACACCAACUACAACACAACCAAAUUCAAUAAAAUCAUAUACCAGACAGUCCUAUUCUUUACAAAAUUACCCAUUUUCUUGACAAAGUUGCCAUUUUUCAUCAUUGCUUCAAUACUAUACACCUUAACUGGAUUUCACAUAUUUUUGAGAUUUGUAUUCACCUUCUUAUUUGGAUUUGCUUCAAUUGAGUAUGCCGUUGAUGGAAUCAAAUCUUCACAAGUGGAAAAAUUACGAAGCUAUAGACCUAAGCGUGGAGAUUUGGUGAUUGCUAAUUACUCUUCUCCUUUGGAUGGAUACAUUAUUGCUUCAAUAGCUCAGUCUACCAAUAUCGUUCUUCUUGUGCCUGAUAAACUGGGUGAUUUGUAUCAAUAUACACCAUGGACUUUAAUCGAUCAUUGUAUCAACCAAAUUCGUGGAACUCCAGUUGAAGAUGUAUCAAAGUUUAAAGAUAAGACAGUGGUGUUGUUCUUGGAAGGUACCACAUCAAACAAUUCGGCAUUGCUACCAUUUAUCAAGUUGAACCCCAAAUAUACCUGGGAUGAAUUUAAUAGUGUUAAAUCAGUAGUGUUGAAAUUGUAUCCGGGAUAUUUCACAUUGCCUAUCCCUAAUUGCUCAAGUUUGUAUUAUUUUUAUCAAUUAUGUACUGACUUUGGCAAGAAAUAUGUUAAGGUCAAGAUUUAUCAAUUUGAUAACGGUGAAAGUGCUAUCGGGAAGUUGGAUUUACCUAAGAUUAGACGUUCAUUUGAAUUAAAUUCUUUAAAUCUGAUCAACCAGGAUUUGAGUAUUGAUGCGAAAGCUAGAUUUAUUGAUUAUUAUUUUACUAAUAGUAAAUAA